AUGGCGGGCCUGGAGAAAGAUCCAAGGAGGAGGAGUUGCUCCUCCAAGUCCGAGUCCGUGACCGAGCCGGUGACCGGGUCGAGCCAGUUCACCGUAAAGGGUUACUCUCUGUUGAAAGCUAUGGGACGUGAUAAGUAUUUGUACAGUGACAUCUUCUCGGCCGGUGGUUAUGAUUGGAAGAUUACGUUUAACCCAAAUAAAUGCCGUCCCUCCGACGGCGUUCCAUCCGUUUACGUGGGCAUUGCUUUGGCCAGCUCCGGCGGCAGAGACGUCAGGGCCUUGUUUGAGUUGACUCUGUUGGAUCAUAUGGGGGAUAACCACUUCCGUUUCCGUUCGCCGGAGAGCGAGCCGGGUUUUUUCGUCGAAAAAGCAAGAUUGGAAUCCUCAACUUUUCUAAAGGACGAUUGCCUCAUCAUUAGGGCCAGUGUUGGAGUUGUCACAACUCGGCUCGAAGUUGAAGGCGCCAAGCAAGAUUCCAUCGCUGUACCCAGCUCCAAUCUGGGCCAGGGUCUCAAGGAGCUACUGGAAUCUCAGCUGGGUUGCGAUUUAGUUUUUCGUGUUGGCCACGAGACGUUCAGAGCUCAUAAGUCGAUGCUCGCUGCGCGAUCACCUUUCUUCAGAGCCCAGUUCUUUGGACCGGUCGGGGAUCCUGACUUGAGCGAAGUUAUAGUGGAUGACAUUCAUCCCUCCAUCUUCAAGGCGAAGCUCCAAUUCAUAUACACAGACGAACUUCCCGACGUGCAUGAGAUCAUGGGCUCGCCGUCGACGUAUUCAUCCAUGUCGACGGAGGCUACGAACGUGAUGCAGCAUCUGUUAGUUGCUGCCGAUCUGUACGACUUAGACCGGCUGAAGGCGUUCUGCGAAUCGAAGCUGUGCGAGGAGCUUACCGCCGCAUCAGUGGCCACCACACUGGCAUUGGCUGACCAGCAUCACUAUGUCCCUCAGCCGAUAGAUAAUAAUGACUGCGGGGUAUUUGCAUGCUUGUUCAUGGAGCACUGGGAAGGUCACCUUAACGUCGCGUAA